CUGACUAAAUACAUUUUUUCCCCACUGUAUGUAGUGUUUUCCUCUGUCUCCGUUUGUAGUUUCCUGCACCUGGUCUCAGCCAGACACACAGGGCAGACAUCCUCCUGCUAGACACGGCCACGUGGUGGCAGCGGUGUGUUCCAAACUCUAUAUCCAUGGAGGCAUGGCAGGAGAGAAGUUCCACAGCAACAUGUACUCUCUGGAUACCAGCAGUAUGAAGUGGGAGAAGGUCAAAGCUAAAGGAGACAUCCCCCCGGGGGUGGCUGCCCCCUCAGCUGUAGCCCUGGGAAAGAACAUCUACAUCUUUGGAGGGGUGACCUCAGAAGGGGACAGCAAUGCAAUGUACAGAUUGCAGUGUGAUGAGGCUAAAAAUAUCUACUUUGGAAUGUGGUCAUACUUUGAGACAAAAGGCACUGGACCCUGCGGCGGUUUGAAGGGGACCUGACACCCAACAGACUGGACCACUCC